AUGUUCUUCACACCCAGCCAUGACAACUCAUGUCAACAGAGCGCCAGUGAUGAAUCGCCUCAGUCUCAGCCCAUGCUACAAUUACAGCCUGGUAUCUGCCAGACUAGCUCUUACCCAUUCCAAUCGUUUCUGAUCUCAACUGGCCAGAACGGCAUCCAGACAGACUGUUCGCUGGGAUUGUUUGAGGAAAGUCACUGUGUGGGUGGCACGAGAGAAGUGCCUUUUGACGCUACUCUUGCUUCGACUGGGCAAUGCUGGCUCGUGGGUGGUCAAAGUGUGUUGCUGUCGUGUGGCGAAGGAGGAACUGCAUCCGACAAUCAGGCUGCACACAUGUAUCUGUCCUCGCUCUGCAGCAUUAGCGGUGAUACUCCACCGUCUACCCGGCUGCAGUCAUCCACAACACUCAUUGCAGCAGGCACAACCACUAUUGCCACGACCGUCGCCACAGCUAUCGCUUCUGCAUCAACCCAAUCGAACUACACAACUAGCAGAAUGGGAGAUCUUUCUACAUCUUCGAACGCAACUUCACUCGCAACCACUAGUAUCACCGUCAUCAUCCCGAGCGUUGUCUCCAUCAGCGGUAACAACGUCGAGAAAGAAGUGGUCAAGAGAGGUGGCACUGCUCAAUGGGCCUUGGUCGUCGUCGUCUUUGCUAGAAGUCUUAUGUAUUGA